AUGUCUCCCUCGAUUCGAAAAUCAACAGUUGCGGCUGAGGAUUACAAAACUGCAAUCUGGGCGUACUACCGAUACUAUCCAUCCGAGGCGGCAGCCAUCGUCUUCACCGUCCUGUUUGCUAUGACGACAUUUGUCCAUUUGUAUCAGCUGGUUCGUCAUCGGACAUGGUCCUUCAUUCCAUUUCUGAUUGGGGGCUUCUUCGAAUGGGUUGGGUACAUCGGCCGGAUCUUGUCGAGCACAGAAAGCCCAGAUUGGACGAUGGGCCCUUAUAUCCAACAGACACUACUGCUGUUACUUGCUCCCGCACUAUUCGCAGCUUCGAUAUAUAUGAUGCUGGGGAGGAUUGUGGUGCUACUGGAUGCCGAGCAGCUCUGUCUCUUCAAAAAGAAAUGGCUCACAAAGUUUUUUGUUUGUGGCGAUAUUUUGUCUUUCACCGUCCAGGCUGCUGGCGGCGGUGUCAUGGCCAGUGGCGGCCUCUCAGCCGUUCAUAACGGUGAAAAGAUUGUCAUUGCUGGACUCGUCAUCCAGAUCGUCUUCUUUGGCUUCUUUAUCGCCACCUGUGCGCUUUUCCAUAAGCGUAUUAAAAAGUCUCCCACAGAGCAAACACUAGAACUAAACAGCACCUGGCGCAAGCAUCUCCAUGUACUCUAUGCGGCUAACUCGCUCAUUUUGAUCCGGUCGGUAUUUCGGCUCAUCGAGUACGCAACGGGAAACAAUGGCUACCUUCUGCGACAUGAAGUCUUCCUCUAUGUUUUUGAUGGAUUGCUCAUGCUCCUGGUUAUGACUGCAUUCAACGUCAUACAUCCUAGUGGUCUGAUUUCCCACAAGAAGGAAGGAACGGAAAUGAAUGCUCUUCCCUGA